AUGUAGUAUAAUAUUAUUGAAUAAAAUCAAAUAGUUGUCACAGUAAGAGAUCCUACUGUUAAUUAAAAUCAAGAAGAAUUUGUUAUUUACAUAGUUGAAGGAUAAGAUUAAAAAGGUAAUUUCUAGAAUUAACAUCGUUUUCGUGAAUUUUAUUAAUUAAGAUCAUUACUUCUACAAAAAUGGUAGUAUUGCUAUAUACCUGCAUUACCGUCAAAAGUUAUUUAGGUAUGAAAUUUUUAUCUAAAGUUAGGGAAAUUUGAGUUAAUAAUUGAUCUAUUAAAGAUUAGUAAUGCUAAAUCAUUUUAUGAAAUAAUUAUCUCAUUUUUAAUUUUUGUGGUAUUCUCAAGAAGUUUAAAAUUUCUUGCGAUCAGAUAAUGUUUAGGAAAGUAAUCCUAAUCAAUAGCUAGAGAACUAUGCUGAUUGUUUAAUUUCAACUUUUCCAAAUUUUGUAGAAAAUGCCAUAGAUUAAUAAAAUGAAACAAAAAUAGACUAAUUUUCUCUUUUUAUAUAAAAUGUUACUCCAAUAUUACUAAAUUACAAAAUUAUCAUGAAAAACAAAAUAAAUAAUAAGUAAAAUUAUUAUUCUAAUAAAUAGCAAAAUUUAUUUUGAGUAAAUGAAUAUUUUUAAAAAUUUUUUUAUACCUGAAUAUGAGGUAUUAUCUGGUUUUGACAUUUAGUAAUAAAGAAAUCGAUAAUCAAGCAAUAUAUUUUCAGAUUUUCAAAAUAAUUACGAUUUAAGUGAUACUGAAAAGUAAUUCUAUAUCAUGUAUAUUUAGAUUAAAAUAGAAUUAAAGGAAUUUUAAGUAAAAAUAAAUAAUUAAAUAUAUUAGGUUUUAAUUGAAUUAAUUUAAUAAAGAAAAUAAUUGCAAUUAGAGAUUCAAUCUUUGAAUGAAUAACUCAAAAAUUAAGUUAAAUAUGUUUCUGAAAUUUAAAAUAAUGGUUUAAAUAUAAUCAUGAAAUUUUUAACAACAAAAGAAGAGGAAAUAGAGAAAUCAUUAUAAAAAUUGAAAUAAGUGAUUUAUUUUAAUACUAAGAUAGUUUGAAAAAGAACUGACAAUUAAGGUUUCUAUUUAUAAUCUAAUUACAAAUAAAUUGGCUUCUGAUGUUUAAUUUUUAAAAAAGAUUUUUUCAGAGAAUUAUAACUAAGUAAUUAAGAAUAUGAGUUAAUACUUUUAACAAAAUGCCUAAAAUGUAUAAAUUAAAUGUAUUAUUAGAGUAUUUCUUAUUAUUAAAAUCUAUUAUAAUAAAUAGAAAAUUAAGGUCUUUGAAAUUAACUAAAAAAAUAUAAUUUAUUAAUUUAAUUUAUUUGUAUUCCGCAUCUGAACUAAUAAUGUACAACAACUUCUUCGAACCACUUUUUGAGAAAACUGAUAUAAAUAUUAUCAGUAAUAAAGUAAUUAAACUUUAUAUAUUUAGAUAUUAUUUGAUAUUGGUGAGUUUAUUGCUGAGCAAUCAGAUGAAAAUCUCAAAAACCUUUAAUGUUCCCUAACUUUAUUAAAUUAUUGUUUAGAUAUUAAACCACUUGCUUAAGAAUUAUUCAAUAACUAAAAUUUAAAAACCAAAUUAGAGUUAGCCAAAGUGAGAAUUCCCUAAUUAGAUUAAAUGAUUAAAUAAAUUUUGGAUAAGGCUUCGUUUAAUGAGUAGGAAGAGUAAUAAUAAUUUGAUAUUUCAAUAAUAACAAAGAUAAAUGAUCUAAAGAUUGAAUAUUUUUAAUAAUAUUUAAGGAUCCUUAGAAUUUACAUUCUCUAUCAUGAAUAAUUACAAUAGAUUUUUAGUUUAGAUGAUGAAGCUCUUACAAUUUAAUUAUCUAAUUGGUUGUAAAGCUUGAUCACAAUUUUGGCAGAAUCCAAUUAGGAAAAUAAAGACAGAAUAUUAGAUAUUAUAACAUAUAUAAUUAGAUAAUAAUUAGAAUUGAUUAAGCUACUAUUCCAAUUAAAUAUUUUGCCAACACUCUUUUAAUUUUUAGAACAAGGUUAAUCAGUAGUGAGAUCUCUUGUUUUAUUAAGAGAUAUGCUUGAAUAUAAUCAACUGCUUCAAUAAUAAAUAAAUCAGAAAGAAAUAAUAGAUUUAAUGAAAGAUCUUACUUCAAAAAAAAAAGAUCAAAAAUCAAUAUUAAUAUUGAUUUCCUAGAUUUUAAAUACAAUUAAUUAUUAAAGUGAAGAGAAACAAAUAGAAUUAUAAAUUAAUGAAGAUACAAAUUCAGAAUUUAUUACUUAAACUAUUGAACAAAUUUGUCUUUAAGCAAUAUGCAAUUAACUCUAAUAUAAUAGCUAAUUAUUUGAUCAAUUAUUAUUUGCCUUGUAGAAUAUAACUUUAAGUGAAUAAACUCUUAUUUCUAUGAAUUAUAUAUUUGAUAAAAUGAUCCAAGAAUUAAAUCAAAAUUAAGUAAAACAAUUAGUAAAUGUUGUUGUAAAUUUACUAACUUAAAAAUUAGAUUAGUAGUUAAAUGUGACAUAAUAGGUUUAUUUAGUUUAUAUUCAUUUAUUAGUCACAAUAAAUUAACAUUUUAGAUCUUUUAUUUAAAUUGAACAAAUUUAAAUUUUGAAAUAAUAUCAUUCAGAAGAUGUUAAAAUUAUGAGGUAAAUUUAAAUAUUUAUUAUGUAGAUAAUUAGAUGAAAUAACUAGAUUUAAUAAUAAAGUUUAUAAGAAAUUUAAAGAUACCAAUUUAAUUUAAUAAUCAGGAUUUAUGACAUAAUCUAUAAGGUAGUCAAUGAAAAGUCAAGAUUCAUAAUCAUCUGAAGGAAAGGAUUUUGAAUCUGUUUUAGAUUAAAUUAUUUAUGUAAAUUUAAAACAGGGAAAAUUAGAAAAAAUUAUUUCUUGUCUUGUUGAUAUAUAUUAAAUCACAAAAGAAAACCCUGAAAUUCUAUAUAAAUAUCAACACGAUAUAAUAGAACUAUAUUUAUAAUAUCCAACCAAUCAGAUUGUUAUAAAUUAUACAAAGAUGAUAUUGUCUUAAUUAGAUUAUAAAUCCUUAAUAUUUAAUUUUUUUGAAGAUAUAGAAUAAUUGGAUAUUCAUCAAUAAUUAUAAUUUUUAGCUGCUUUUUCAUUAUUUUCAUAAACUAUAGAAUAAUAUCAUAAAAUUAUUAUGAAAUAAAUAACUAAUUGGAUUUUAAUUAGGAUUGAUUAAAGCUAAAUUAAAUCAUUAUUGGUUAUUUGUUUUAAUCUUAAUUUGACUUAAAGAUAAUUAUCAAAUUAUUUUUUAAAAUAAUUAAAUAAAUAUGAUGAUGUUUAACUUGAUAUCCCACUUUAUUCUGUUUUAGCAAGAUAGGAAAAAACAUUGGAAAAAGAAUUUUUAAAUGAACUAAUUCAAUAAUAUGAAUCAAAUGUUCGAUAUGAUAUUUCAAUAGAGAACAUUUCCUCAGUUAAUUUGUUAAGAUAUAAAAGUUUUGGUGAAUUAGUAAUAAUGACAAAAGAUUUUGAAGUAAUUUAAUAAUUUAAUAAAUCUAUUGCUAUUGAUUUAUAAGAAAUCACUUAUAUUUAAUGCUUAAUAGUAUGUGAUUUAUUGCAUUUCUAAUUUCUAACAAAUUCAUUAAAUGAUUAAUAAAUUUUGAGGGUAGUAAAUGAAACGAAUUUGAUUUCUUUAUUAAUUAAAGUUCUAUCUGAUAAUUAAAUAGAGAAUAAUUAUGAAAUCACUCAGUAAUCAAAAUUAUUGUAGUUCUAUUUAAUUUAAGCUUUAGAAAUUGCCGAAAUAAUUUUAAAGUAAGAAAUCUUAAAAACCUUAAUCAAGGAAUAAUAAUUUAUUUAAAAAUUUUAAUAAAAUUUGACUUUACAACUCUAAAGAAUAUUAAAUUAAAAAUAAAUGAAAGAUGAAUAGCUUACAUUAAAAUAUAUGGCUUUAAUUACAAUUAUUUCUUAAUAAAAUGAUCUAUUGUAGAAUUUAGAGUUUAAAUCUUUGACUUAAAGUCUGUAAAAGCUAUUGUUCUACUUUAAAGAAGAUAACAUUUCUAUUUAAUUUGUUGAAGCAAUCCUUAAUUUAUUCAAAAUUUUAUUUUAAUGGAAUAAAGCAAAAACUUAUUAUAAAAUUUAAUUUUUAAAGGAUAAUAUUUUUUUAGAUUUAGGAUUAAAGUAUUAAUAAUAAAAAGAGAUGAUUAAAUAAAUUUUAAUUUUAUUAGUAGGAUAAGAAUAAUAUGAGUAAUAAUAUGCAAUGAAAUUUGAAUAGAUAAAAUAAAAAUAAAUGGAAAAUGAAAAAAAAGAUGAUUAAAAAUUGUUUUAAGAUAUAGCCAGUGAAUUUAUAAAUAAUAUUCUUUCUGAAAGUCUUACAAAAUCAAGUUUAGAAGAGCAAAAGAAAUAAUAAAAUUUAAUUGAAAAAUAAUAAAAACAAAUAGAAAAAUAAUAAUAAUCUUCAAGUAGUUCAAGUUCAUCAUCCUCAGAAGAUAAAAAGUAAGUAAAUUAAAUAAAGGUUGUUACUAAUUUGAAUGAGGAAGAAACAGGAAUAAAGAUUAAAUUAGAAUAGAAAAGACCUUCAAGUAGUCAAUCAAGUAAUUCUUAAAAAGAAUCGAAUAAGAUUAAUUUUGUUAUUGAUAAAUAAUUUGAUGAAGAUUAAUUUAAAGAUUAAUUACAUUAGGAUAUUAAUAUAAACUAAGAAAAUUCUGAUAGAUCAUCAAAUUCUUAGAAUCUUAUCAAAAAAGAAAAAGUUAUAAAUGCUGGUGAAAUUCAUAAUAAAAUGAAAAAGAAAAGAAAUUCAUCAUCAUCUUCAUCAUCUUCAUCUUCAUCAUCAUCCAAAAAAAGUUCUAAAGGGAAAGAUUAAUUUGAAUUUAAAUUAGAGACAAAAGAAAAUGAAUUUAAAAUUUAGAUGAAUAACGAAGAAGUUAAUUUUUAAGCAACUUUUGAAAUUCCAAAAUUAGUAGAAUAAGAUGGAAGUUAAAAUAAUUAAUUAUAAUAAGAAGAUGAAAAUGAAGAAUAAAGAUAACCUAGUGUAUUAAAAUAAAUGAUGGCAUAAUAAGAAGAAGUUGCAAAGAUAUAAGAUAAAUAAAUUGAUACUAAAUUAAAACUAAAAUUAUUGAAAGAAAAGAAAUAAUAAUUAGAAUAAGCAAAAUUAAAAAAAUAAGAAGAAGAUAAAAUUAAAUUAGAACUAGAAGAAAAAAAUAGAAAAGAAGAAGAAAAUAAAGUUAGAUUAGAAUAUGAAGAAAAAGUUAAAUAGGAAUAAUUAUAAAAAUUGAAAUAAGAACAAGAGGAAUAGUAAAGAUAACAAUAACUUGAAAAAAUUAGAUUAGAAUAAGAAGAAAAAUUAAGGUAAGAACAGCAGGAAUUGUUCCGAAUAGCUCUUUUAGAAAAAGUUAAGAGAGAAGAAGAAGAAAGAGAAAGAGAAAGAAAAGAAUAAGAAGAAAGGGAAAGAUAAGAAGAGUUAAUUAGAAUUUAAAAUUAGGAAUAAAUUCGAUUAUAAUUAGAAGAAAUUCAAAGAAAGAAAAAGGAAUAAGAAGAUUUAUAAAUAAAAAUAGUUGAUAUCAGAUCAGAAUAACAAGAUGACAAAAUAGUUUUUGAAAUAAAUUAAAAUCAAUAAACAUCUAAAGUAUAGGUAACAAAUAAUCCAGAAGUUUCUAAAAAUACAUUCUCUUAUUAUUAUGGAUUAAAUUCUUCUAAUAAUUAAGACCAAGCAGAAUAACCUGAAAAAGAAAGAGCCUUAAGGGCAUCAUUUUUGACAGAAUCAAAUUAUGGAUCUUAAAAAAACUAAGAAUUUUAAAUAGAAUAUACUAGUUUAGCAUAAGAUUAAAAAAUAAAUUUAUUAGACUAAAAAAUAAAUUUAUUAGAUUAAAAAAUAAAUUUGGAAAAAUAAGAGUUAUAAAUUAAGUAUGAUCCAUCUAAUGUAGUAUUAUCUAAGAAUGAAUAAAGAAACUUAGAAAUAAAAGAUGAUGAAUUAUUUUUAUCAUCUUAAAUGAUAAAAGAUGCAGUAUUAUAAGUAGAUAGAGAAAAUGAAAAUAUAUAACCCUAAGCUGCUAUUAAUGUUGUAUCUACUAAUUAUUAGAUAUCUAAUAAAGACAAUGAGUAUAAAUAAGAUCCAUUAAUUGUAUAAACAAUGAAUCUAGAAAUUCAAUAAUAAUAAUUUAAAUUAUAAGAUUAUCCUUAAUAUUAAGCUCCUGUAAACUAAUAACUUUAAAAUAAUUAAGAAUUAGAAAAACCAUUACUUAUUACUACAUUAGUUACCUCUUAAGAAAAAGAUAAAUAUAUUGAAGAAGUGUAAGUUUAAAAAGAUAAAUAAAGAAGUUCUAGUAGCUCAUCUUCAUCUUCAGAUGAUAAAAAAGUAGGUAAAGAUAAAUAAUAACAACAUAUUGGUAUGGAAGUAGGAAAGACAAUUAUUGAAACAAAAAUUAUUGAAAGAGGUAUGAAAGUAGAAUAAUAAAAAUAAAAAGAAUCAGAUGAAAAAUUGAAAAAAGCAGAACUAAAAUAAAAAUUAGAAGAAGAGAAAAAACAAAAAGAAAUUCUUAAAACAUAAAAAUUAGAAGAAGAAAAAUAAAAAAAGGAAGCAGAAAAACAAUAAAAAUUAGAAAAUGAAAGAUUAAAAAAAGAAGCAGAAAAAUAAAAGAAAUUAGAAGUAGAAAGAUUAAAAAAAGAAGCUGAAUAAAAAAAGAAGGAAGAAGAAAAAUUAAAAAAAGAGGCUGAAAAAUAAAAGAAGGAAGCAGAAAAAAUAAAGAAAGAAUAAGAUAAAUAAAUAAAAAAAGAAGUUCAAAAAGAAGUUGUUAAAGAUAUAUUAAUAUUAGAUGCUGUAAAACAUAUAAAUUAGGAUAAAUAAGAGGAAGAAAUGGAUUCUAAAACAAAACUUAAAAUGUUGAAAGAACAAAAGAAAAUUGAAGAAGAAAAAACUAAAUAAGAUUAAAUAAAAUAAGAAAUGUUUUUUUAAGCUUAAAGUUCUUUAAUAGUUGCUGAGGCUGCAAAUUAAUAAUAAGUUAAAAAGCAAAAAUAAAAUGAUAGAUCAUCGUCUUCAUCAUCUUCCUCAUCUUCUUCUAAAAAAUCAAAUGACAUGAACAAAGAAUAAAAACAUGAUUUUCAAAUAGAAGUAUAAAAGAAUAGUGAAGAUGACUAUAAAAAUUAAAAUAAAAUUGAAUUUUAAAUAACCUAAAAUUAAUUUAAUGAUUAAUAAAAAAAUUAAUCUGUUUUAGAAGUAAAAGUAAAUUAAUAAUAAAUUCCUAAAGAAAAUUUAGAAAUUAAAACUUAAUAAAUCUUAGAAUAAGAAAUUAUUAUUAAUUCUGUUUUAAAAAACAAUUAAUAGCAAAAUAUUUAGAAUAAAUAAAAUUAAAGAUCAAGUUCAUCUUCAUCAUCAUCAUCAUCAGAAAAGAUAAAUAAUAAAUCUAAAUAAAUAGAAACAAUUCUAGUUACAACUGAAAUAUAAAAAAAUAUUAAUCCAAAAAAUGAUUCAAAUGAAAUAAAUAAUAUCAAAAUAAGAGAUUAAGAGAUCAUAGUAAAUAAAAAUAUAUCAGUUCAAAAGGCGAGUGAAAAUGAAAAUUAAUAUUAAAUACCAACAUAAAUAAAAUAACAAACUUUUUCAUCACAUUCACCAUAAGAACCUGAAUUUUAAGUAUAAUUUGAACAAUAGUAAAAAUCUUCAGAUUUACAAAAAGCUGAAUUAUUGAUUGGUGCUGCAAUAAUUACUAAUAAAGUUGAUGAAAGAAUAAAAGAAGAUAAAAAGAAUUAGAAUUAGUAAUUGGAAUUCAAAGCACAAUAAUAAUUAAAAGCCCUUGAAUAAAAUGAAUUUAUAGUUUAACCUAAUAUAAUAGAGGAAAGUAGAUAAAUAUAUGAAGAAAAGAAUAUCAACUAAGUUAAAUCAUAUAAACCUAAAUAAUCAUCAAGUUCAUCAUCGAGUGAUGAAGAAAAAUAAAAUUUUCAAUAAUAAUAAAAAAGUUCUUAUGAAAAACCAAAGGAAAAAAGUAAAGUUGUUAAGUCUGUAUUUACAGAGGCAUUAAUUCAAGAGAAAUAGAAAAAAAAUUAAAAGGAAUCUUAAUCAUAAUAACCCAUUUUUAUUGAGUAAGAUAAAGAACAAAAAUAAAAUACUUUAGAUAAUUAAAUAAUUUUAACUAAGAAACAAGAAGCUUAUAAUUAUGAUGAUUUAGAAAAUAUUGCUAGUGUCGGAAUUUCUAAAAAUGAUGAAAUAUAACAAAAGCAAGAAAGUUAUGUAUUUGAAUAUGCAAAUGCUAACAAAGUAUUUAAUUAAGCAGAAAAUUAAACAUCAGAAUUUUAAACUUAACAAGAAGUAGGCACUUUUUAUUCAAUGGAAAGCUAAAGAAUUAAUAAUUUAUAAAAAUUAGAAGAUUAAGAAUUAAAAAUAAAUUUAUAAUUUGAAUAAGUUUAAGAUAGUUAACGUACUGCAGCAUUCAAUUUAGAAGUUGAAGAAGCAAAUAAGUAGAUGUAAAUAGAAUAUGGAGUAUAAGAAAAGAAAAUAGAAUUUGAAAAAACUAAUAAUCAGAUUAUGAAUCCAGAAAGUUAAUAAUUUUAAUAAAUAUAAGUUACUGAAGAUAGAUAAUAUAUUUAUUAAUAGUAGGAACAAAGAGUUUAAUAAUAAAAUGAAUUUAAUAGCAAUGUUUAAAAAAGUAUUAAUUAGGAUUAUGAAUAAAAUCAAUAGAAUCAAUUUUAAAAUUAAUAACCUAAUGUAGGAAAAUGGUAAAUAGUUGUAUUAUCUGAUAUUCUCUAAGCUUUAUAAUUAAUACUAUAAAAUGAAUAAAAUUAUGGUAGACUACCAGGAGUUCUCAAAUAAUUUAGAUAAUUGAUUUAAAACGAAAAAGAUGCUAAAGAUUGUCAUUAAUUAGAUAUUACAAAUUAAUUGUUAUUUCUAUAUUCAUAAGCAAAUUAUUAAACAUAUAGGAUGGAUUUAGAGGAAUGCUUAUUGACAAUAUUUAAGUAUCAAUAAGUAUUGAAUGAUUGUGAAUCACUAAUAAGAUGGUCAGAUUUAUAAAUUGCAAGAAUUAAUAUAAAUUUAGUAAGAAUUUUGAUAACAGUUAAAGAUACUAAAUUUAUGAAAAAUAGAAUGAUUAAUUAAAAAGAUAUAAUCAUACUUGUCAAUUAUUUAGAAGAUUGUUGGGAUGAAGAAUUAGUAUCUGUAAUUUUAAUAUGUCUAGAAGGUUAUUGCUAAAAUUCAAAAUGUGCAUAAUUACUCUAUUAAUAUGAAAUCAUUAAUCAUAUAAAAAAGUGGAUUCAAAAAUUAUAAAAAGAAUGUUUUUUACUUAUAGGAUCUUUAUGUUUAUAUAAUUUUGCACAAAAGGAAUUUAAUGAUCAAUCAAUCCAUUUGGUUGUUAAUAAAUAUAUUAAUAAUUAAAAUAUUGAAAUCAAAGAAAAUGUCUAUUAUGCUUUAUCAUGUUUAUGUUAUUAAAAUAAGGAAGUCUAAUAAUAAUUAUUAGACUCAGAUUUAUUAUUUAUUAUUUUGAUUGAUUUAGAAUAAAAGACAGAACCGAAGCUUAUUGAAAUUGCAGCAUAAUUAUUAACAAAUGUUUUAUAUAAGAUGGAAUAGUAGAAAGUUGAAUUUAGAGUUCUGAUAUCUUUAUUUAUAAAAUAAUUGUAGAUUUAAAGUAAUACAAAUACUUUGAAAUGGAUUUUAAGAUGUUUAUAAACUUUAUGUCUUUCAAGAUCUAAUUCUUUAAUAUCAAUAUCAGAAUCUAUAUUUGAUAUAUUAAAGAAAUUCUAACAAAACAAAAUUCUUUUGAGAGAUCUUUUGUAAUUAUAUUCAACAUAUUCUGCUUAAUAACUACUUCCUGCUGAAUAAGUAAUUGUAGUGAAAUUUAUAAUAUAAAAUAAUAAAGAGGAUUCUGUAAUCAUUGAAAAGAGCAUCACAGUGUUAAAUUUAUCAGUAAAAUAAUUUUCAAAAAAGAUUUGUACUUUAGAUAAUUUAUAAAUAUUUACAUAAUUGAUUGAAUAAUAUAAACAAAAUGAAAGAGUUAUUAGUUUAAUUUUAACUUUAAUAUAGAAUUUAGCUUGUGAUAAAGAUAAUCAUGCAACAAUAAAUAAAAGUGUUGUUUACAAUGCUCUUGAAUUUUUUUAGGAUAAUCAAUAAAUUAAUCAUUUUUCAUAAAAAAUCAAAACAAUAAUUUCAAAUUAAUAAAAUUAGGGUGAAAAGAUUUAACCUUUAAUGAAAUAAAUAAUUUUAGAUAAUCCUGCUGAUAAAUUGGCUCGAGGAUUUCCUAUUUUAGUUUUUACUUCAAUGUCAGAAACAAAAAUAGGAUAUUUAAAGAUAUUACCAUCAAAUGAACUUUUCUUUUAAGAGAAUUCUGGAGAUAUUAAAGAAAAGUAUAGAAUUAAAUAAGUAAUUGAUAUGAAUUUUUCACCAAAUUCAAAUUCAGGAGAAUAUCGAUUAUAUAAAGGUUCUAGAUUUUUCAAUAAAGAUCUUUUCUUUACAAUAAGAGGAAAGCAUAAUAAAAAAUUCAACACCAUAUCUGGUUAAGCUUUAUUAAUUGAACAAAAAUUAGAAAUAGUAUCAAUUUUAGAGAUUUUAUUUGCCAAAGUAACUUGA